CAGGCAGCGCAGCUGGGAAAUUAAACGGCAACUGAAACGCGAAACGCGUAAACACAAUAAAGGAGAACUAAAAAGAAAAUCGCGACUCUAAACGAGAUAACAAAAGACAUUCCAGUGGUUGGACUUCAAUUAGUUUUGAUUUGUUUAUAAUAAAUCGGCGAACGGCGCUCAUUAGCUAUCAGUCAGAGUGUGAACCAUCCGCUGAGAUACUAGACACAAUCUAAGUUAUAUAACCACGGAAACAUGACCGGCUACAACUCGCAGAACGACGUGGCUUCGUCCAACGGCAACCAAGCUGGAGCCACUGGGCACAAGUCGACGGAAUAUAUUGCCCAGGAGAAUCAUACCAGAAGCGACAACCGCAUUGUAUGCUCCCUGACACCCGACGAGUUUCGGGCUGUGCGCAUGAUGAGCGAAGACAUGUAUCCUUAUGAAAUGAUUCAGGAGAUUGCUGACUUUCUUGUGAAAGGAUCUGGGAUCAGACCUAAAAUUGGCAUCAUUUGCGGCUCUGGACUUGGAUCCCUGGCCGAUCUUAUACAGAAUCCCAAGGUCUUUGAAUAUUCGAAAAUACCAAACUUUCCGGUUUCCACUGUGGAAGGCCAUGCUGGCAAACUAGUGGUCGGCUGCUUGGAGGGUGUCAAUGUGAUGGCGAUGCAGGGCCGCUUCCAUUACUAUGAGGGCUACCCGCUGGCCAAGUGCUCGAUGCCGGUCCGCGUGAUGAAGCUCUGUGGCGUUGAGUAUCUAUUCGCAACGAAUGCAGCUGGCGGCAUCAACCCGAAGUACGCCGUGGGCGACAUCAUGCUAAUGCAUGAUCAUGUCAACAUGCUGGGCUUUGCUGGCAACUCUCCGCUGCAGGGUCCCAACGAUCCGCGCUUUGGGCCACGCUUCCCCGCGCUGGUCAACUCCUACAACAAAGACCUGAUCAAUAAGGCGAUCGACAUUAGCAAAGCUAUGGGCAUAGAAUCGAGUGUGCAUGUUGGCGUCUACUCCUGCCUGGGUGGACCGACGUACGAGACCAUUGCCGAGCUGAGAGCUCUGCGCAUGAUGGGCGUCGACGCGGUUGGCAUGUCGACGGUGCACGAAGUAAUCACGGCCCGCCACUGCGACAUGAAGGUGUUCGCCUUCAGUCUGAUCACCAACAAGUGCGCCACCGAAUACAGCGAAAAAAAGGACGAGGAGGCCAACCACGACGAAGUCAUGGCUGUGGCCAAAAACAAGCAGAAGGCGUGCUGUGAGAUGGUGUCUCGCCUUGUGGCAGAAAUUCAAAAAUCAUUAUAGACCAACAAAACCCUACGAUUCUAGACUCUUUCAUAAAUUUACAGUUUUAGCUAAAAUUUAGCUAUUUUAAUUUAAGUA